AUGGCUUUCGAAGAUAUCCUAGACUCCCUAAGCACUGUUGCCAAAUCCAGUGCUUCAGAGACCCGCAAAACUCUUGACAUGCCACAACCAAUUGUUACAGUUCGCAAUGAUAAUUCUGCUACCCCGUUCACCAUACGGUUGAAUGGAAAGAACUAUAGCUCUUGGUCGAAGAUGAUGUUAGUUCAUGUGCUAGGCCAAGGAAAAAGAGGUUAUCUGAUAGGGAAGGUGGCUGAAGAGGAGGAGGACGCUCCGGGCUUUGAUUCGCGGUGUAUUGAGGACUCCGUUGUUAAAGGAUGGUUGAUAAAAACCAUGGAAACAUAUUUGGUAGAAUUAUUCUUGGAUCUACCAACUGCUAAAGAUGUCUGGGAGAGUGCAGCCCAUAUGUAUUAUGAUGUGUCUGAUAAGUCGUAG